AUGACUACCUACAGAACCGAUAGUCAAGGAAAAUUCAUUCCUGCUUCACAGCGUCCGGAUGGUACGUGGCGGAAGCCAAGGCGAGUGCGCGACGGCUACGUGCCACAAGAGGAAGUGCCCCUGUAUGAAAGCAAAGGUAAACAGUUUGCCCAGAAGCCGGUUCUGCCGCCCGGCUUGUCACUAGAGGUGGUGCAGAAAGCGAAAGAGAAGCGUGAACGUGAACGACUUCGUCAGCAGCGUGAAGAAUUGCGCAAAGCUCAACAGCCAAGCGCUAUUGUCGUGGACGAAGGCGAGAAACAGAAAUCUAUCGUAGCUACUAGCGGUGGGAAGGGUCGCUGUAAAAAGACACCUGAACUGCCCGAUAUUCUGCUAGAUGAGCGGCCUGCGGCCACCAUCAGUGUUGUGCAACACAAACCGAAACAUUCUAAAUCGGUUGUACAUCCUCCAUCCCAGCAAAAGGCACCAGAGCCAAAAACGAUUACCCUUACGGCUAUUGCGGAUGAAGAACUUGCUGCAGCGUUAGCAAUGGGCGUACAUAUUACUAAUAACCACCAACCGCCUGCGUUGACGGGAGCAGAGCAACCGCAGCCCGAACUGGUGAAAAAGAUGCGCAAAUUGCGAAAGAAGAUACGCGAAAUUGAAGCGAUCGAGGAGAGGCUCCGGACAAAUGAUGGCCCACGACCAGAUAAGGACCAGUUGGAGAAAGUAAAACGAAAAGCGGAGAUAUUACGAGAGAUGGAUGCGCUGGAAGCGCAACCGCCGUCGCUAGACGGGACUGCCAUGUGAUGUCGAAAAUAGUACGUGGAAGCUCGCCGAGAGCAACUAACUAGAUCAUUAGUCGCUUAGUAGUUCGUUUCACCUUGAUCGUUGCCCCCCCCUUACUGGGCACGACCGCUACCAGUGGUACAAAUACACGACCGCGAUGGUCU